AAAUGUGCUUGAUGCUUCUGGAAUGUGUUUCAAAUGUAUCCAGUUUUAGAAGCAUUUGUUCGUUGCUUUUGGUGGCAAUGUGGUUGUGUGAUGCCUUGGAAGAUUAUUCUGAACCUAGAAGAGGGAUGAGCUGCAUCAAGUCACAGACCUUUGAGAUGAAGCAUCCAAGUGCUUUUUCUGCUGUUUACCUUCGGAGCAGACGAUUCUUGUUCUUCUAGUUCACCUGCAUAGAGCCAGGUACACAGUGUCUGCUGGGUUACUGUAGUAGUUUCUCCAGGAAAUGUUAAAGCACAGCUUAUUUUUGUUCACUUUUGGACUAACUUUAACUGGAAAACCUUUUGGGAUGAAAGGUGUAUUUUCUGAACAAACAUCCAGACUUUCUACAUUAGAAAUUAUUAUUCCUCGUCUGACAGGCAGAGAGAAACAUCACCCUUUUUAUCAUGAGGAGCAUUCUGAUGACAAGCUUUCUUACUCAGUUAAAACCAGAAAUGGAACAUAUCUCCUAAAACUGAAGAGAAACAAAAAGCUUGUUAGUGAAGACUUCAUGCUCUACACAUAUGGGGAAAAUGGGAAACUGGAGGCCACACAAUCAAAAAAUGAGACACACUGUUAUUAUCAUGGCACUGUUGAAGGAAUUGCUGACUCGGUGCUUGCUCUUAGCACAUGUGAUGGCCUUAGAGGAAUUCUCUACAUUGGUGGCAAAUGGUAUGGAAUGGAGCCACUCAACACAUCCAGCACGUUUGAACAUGUGUUUUACCAGUCACAAGAUAUGCAGGAUAUCCCCUUCCAGUGCGGUGUGCUGAACAGCAGCCUUCAUCAUGAGGAGAUGUUUGUGAAGCAGGCUGUGAAAUACACCUUUGUUUCAAACAGUACCUCUAGCAGGGAGAAGCUUUUGAGGAUGAAGCGAGCUGUCCUGCCACAGAAAAGCUAUGUGGAAUUAUUUGUGGUUGUGGAUAACAACAGGUUUUUGAUGAAGAAAUCUGAUCCUGCUGCGGUGCAAAAGGAAACAGUUGAGCUGAUUAAUUAUGUUGAUGGGAUGUAUGCAGCAUUAAACAUCCAGAUUGUCCUGGUUGGAUUAGAGAUCUGGACAGACACAAACCACAUAUCUGUGAUGGAAGGGUCAGCUGGAGAUGUGCUCAGCAGAUUUGUCUCUUGGAGACAGAAAGAUCUUCUUAAGCGAUCAAGAAAUGAUGUUGGCCAUCUCAUCAUAGGGAGAAGCUCCUACAGUGGAUCCAUUGGAAUGGCUUUUGUGGGUACCGUCUGCUCACAAGUCCAGGGAGGGUCAAUCAGCACUUUGAAUCAUGACAAUGUGUUGCGUCAUGCUACAGUAGUUGCUCAUGAAUUGGGCCAUAAUCUUGGAAUGAAACAUGAUGACACAAGGUGUCCUGCAUCCUAUAUUAUGCACAGCACAGAUAAUGGAUCCAGGAAUUUCAGCACCUGCAGUGCUGAUGAUUUUGAGAACCUUAUUCUCAGUGGAGGAGGAAACUGCCUUAGAAAUCCUCCCAAAACAAGUAAUGUUUACAAGGAACCUGUCUGUGGCAAUAAUGUGGUCGAUAGUAAUGAAGAAUGCGACUGUGGCAAGCCAGAGGAAUGUACUAACCCUUGCUGUGAUGCUGCAACCUGCAAACUCACGCCUGGAUCGCAAUGUGCUCAAGGACUGUGCUGCAAGAACUGCAAGUUUAAAGUGGCAGGAACAGAGUGCAGACCAAAAAUGGACUUCUGUGACCUACCUGAGUACUGCAAUGGAAGCGAUGCCUACUGCCCAGAGGAUGUUUAUAUCAUGAAUGGUUACCCAUGCAGCAACAUGAAGGCUUAUUGCUACUAUGGAGUAUGCCAGAGUUUUGAUUCACAAUGUGAAUCUAUAUAUGGAAAAGGGGCAAGAAAAGCACCUGAUGCAUGCUUUGAAAGAGCAAAUAUUAAAGGAGACAGGUUUGGAAACUGUGGAAUGAAAGGUGGAGUGUACAAGAAAUGUCCUGUUCAGCAUAGUCUGUGUGGCAAGCUCCAGUGCACAUCUGUUAGUCUUCAAAACCUUCCUGCCUGGAGCGUUGUCAAUAACGCAUCUGGGGUUUUAUGCUGGUCUUCUGACUUUGACUUAGGAUCAGAUGUCCCUGAUCCUGCUCAAGUUCAUGAUGGAACAGCCUGUGGAGAAAAGAAGGCCUGUUUGGAUUUUCAAUGUGUUGAUGCAAGUAAUCUGGGCUAUAGCUGCGAUGUAAAGCAGAAGUGUAAUGACAAUGGGGUGUGUAACAACAAUGGGAACUGCCACUGCAACUCUGGAUGGGCACCUCCAUUCUGUAACCGGUCAGGCUAUGGGGGCAGCAUUGACAGUGGUCCAGCUCACAUAGAUACAUCACUUCGGGAUGGUCUGCUCAUUUUUUUCCUCCUUGUGUUGCCACUUGUAAUUGUUGCUGUAGUAGUAGUCAUUAAGCGUGACGCAAUAAGGAGGAAGUUUUGCAGGAAAAGCAGAAGACAACACAGGGAUAACAAUGUGGAACAACCAAAGCAAAAUAACACACCAAGUCAUAACACAAGAAGUAACCAGCCUGCCAUAUCAACUCCUGAUUUCUUUACUGUACCACAUUUUCCUGGUCCAAGGCAGCCAGUGCAAACCCAGUUUCCAGCAGCUCCUUCAGGACCUCAGCAACCUGCAGUCCCACCUAGACCAGCUGCCUGAAAAGCUCCUUGGGAAACCUCAUCCAGUUCUCACAAGGAAUUACAGACUGCUGUCCUCCAGUCCUCUUCUUGAGCAGCCAAAAUGCUCCCUGAAAGCACGUAUCUCUGGAAAAGACUUGAUGCCACCAGGCACUGAACACAGAUUUUGUCACAUCCAAUAUUCUCCUAGUUGCUGCUGGCUGCAUUUGUACCUCUUCUACCUCACUUCCUAUUUUUGUUUUAAAUCAGAAGUCUGAAGUUCAGCUCCUGUCAGAUGAAAUCUGGAAGAGCAUCACAGAACAGGACUCUUCUAAGCGCAGCCUUACUUGCCGGGCAAACAGGAGUGAAUUCAGUUAUUUAGGCAUCAUUUACGCACCUCUAGUCAUACACUGCUGUGAAAAUUAGAACACAGAUGGACCCCGUGGGAAGUCUGCAGCCUGUCUACCUCCUGGAUCAUCCUCUUGGCUCUACACUGCCAGGGAUGCAGCCAUUUCCUGUUCCCCACAGGCCAAUCUUUUCCUGUGUCUUGCUCCAAGCCUCAGCUUCCAUGCAGCACUAUCGGAGCUGGGAUCUGGAUACCACCUCUCACUACCUGCCACCUGCAGUACCUUCCACUUCAGUUAGCUGAGCAAACUGCUCUAGUGGAAGGUGUCCCUGCCCGUGGCAGGGGGUUGGAACUGGAUGAGCUUUAAGAUCCCUUCCAACCCAACUAUAAUAGUAACAUCACAUCAGCCCCCAGCAAUGGAAAAAACCUCUGUAGAUAAUGGAUCUGAGUCUUGAAGGAAUGAGCCAUCCCUGUUGUAACAGAAAAGGUGGUGUACCAAGGAUAACAUUAUACACUCAAUAGUGGUUUAAUGUCUGCUGGUUAUCACGGUAUGAGAUUUGUGCUAGGAUCUGACUCCACUAUAGAAGCAACAGGUAACUUUCAUCACUCUAAAUGGGACAAUUGGGAAGUGGUACUGAUUCAAUAUGAA